GAAUUUUGUUGGUGCUCAGCUUGCCACUGUUUAUGCUUCUGGCUAAUUGCAAUUGCGCUGCUAUGGAGCAAAUACAAUCUGUUAGGCGUCGUUCUUCACUUUUCUCUUCUAAUCAAGGAUUGGAGUUCAGUACGAGCGAUAACGAAACCAUAAAAUAUCAACAACAGUUGCGUGCUGAAGUAAAAGAUUGGACAGAAUUGUUGCGCUCAAAGUGCAACGAUCUACUGCAAGCCAAUUCUGCGGUGCGCACAGUCGAUCAAACGCUACUUUCCGACGAACAGAAACGGUACCUAGCAGACGGACCUUCCAUUGAAAAAUACAUCAAAGAAGCCAAAGCGUUCGUUCGCACAAUGAAAGACUAUAUUGAUCAAAAACAAUUUCUUUUAGAGAAAAAGGCUUACAUCGCUCAGGAAAUUAAGGCUCUGGUUGAUCUAGAGUUAAAGGAUCGCAUAAGUAAUGAUGAAGAACAAUGA